AUGGAGGAGGUGACUUGGGAAUUCCCCCAACGAAUGAAUACGUUAUGCCUUCCUCGACCUUCCUUCAGCGCAUCACGUACUCUGAAGAGUAACAAGUCUUCAAAAAGGAAGGAAUUCACAUUUUUUGGCGUAGGACAUGCUAUUUGCGUCAAAAUUGAUGUAUUUACUUGGAGGGAACAAAAAUGCACACAAAGAGGGGAAAAUACUAUGUAUCGAGGCGCUUCAGAACAAAAAGGGAGAAAUUUAAAACUUCCUAGAAGGUUUGGGUCUUUCAAAACUGCAGAAAGAAUGGUGUUCCUGAUAUUACCAGAUAAACAUGGAUUUAUGUUUUCGGCUUUGAAUGAGCCGCUUCUGGUGAAGGAAAAAAAAAGGAAGCCUUUUUCCGUAGUGGAAUCAACACUUAGAAAAAAAAGAAAUAAACUCGCAGUUUUUUAUUUAAAAACCUUAAUGAAUGUCCGCCGUCUCAACCAAUCAGAACAGCCGAUUGGGGUGCACGGAUCGGUUAACUAUUGGAGGAUCGAUAAAUACUUGUUAAGGCAUGUGUAUGAUUCCCGUGUUUCAUUUUAUUGGUUUAAAUGGAUAACUUUAGUAUGUUUUCUUCCUUCUCCGCAAUUGAUUAGUCAGUUAUUCAAAAAAAGCCCCUUUCUUGUAAAAAAGAAGGUCAGUUUCCAAAAAGUUCAAAUCUGGGAACUUCAGUGA